UUAAAAACACUGGCGGACUGAAGACGCCCAAAAUCCCUCAGCGUCACAAAUGCGACAAAAAGCGAAUAAAUGCACCGUCGAAUUAAAAGUACAAGCUAUCACUUGUCCGGGGGUGAUGUUACCGUCCCAAGAGGACAUUUAUUUAAGUGUGCGGAUAAUGGGUCAGUACCAAAAGUCGAAGUGUGUUCCUCCAGUUUUCCCUCUGCUGCUGCAUGAAAAAAUGGUGUUUGUGAAGACCUUUGUAGGAAUGCUUGACCCGGCUGCUGUAGCUGAACAUCUAGAGAAUGAUACAACGUCUUUAGAGCUCAUUCAGCUUGUUCCUCCAGAGGGUGAAAUCCUGGCCACGUUUGAAGCCGACACGCGGGAGUUUCUGUAUCCAGGCCCUCGUCUGACUCCCAGAAGCCCCGGCCCAGAGAGAGAGAUUCUGAUGAAGAGAUCCAUCUCCUUCCCUGGAAUCUCUCCCAGAGUGGAGUUUUCAACGACGUCUAUUAUUGAGGAGUGUGAUGUGAAACAUGGUCAGUCUGCCGUGUCUUCACAUGGUCGAUCCUCUGCUAAGCCCAGUUCUAUGAGAACUUGCCUUUCUUCUGCAAAAAAGAAGAAGAAAUCAGACAAAGUAUCAUCUUGUGGGUAUGAAAAGUCAACAGUGGCAUCCAGAAGCCGAGCUCCAUCACCUUACACUCACCGUAAAAUGUGUCAGCUGUCCGAGGAGGCCAGACAGCGACUCAGCCACCUCAAACUUGGGCCUUACACAUUUCAGAAAGAGACGGCCCCUCAGGCUCCAUUUGUGGUCCCCCGAAGCCCAAAUACAUCUCUAAUGGAAUCCUCCACGCAUCUAACAUCUCAGUCUUUUACUAAACGAAGCCCCCUAGAUAUGCGAUUACGGAGCUACACCACAGAGCUUACAGAUCCCUCUCUGCUUGGAAGCUUCAGGUCAAAGCCCUCACAGGAAGCAGCUAGAAGUUUCCCAAAUAAAUCUCCCAAAGACAAAUCCACCCCAGCGUCCGGAAUGCUUCUAGAUCAGAGUCCAGUGCUGACCCGAUCUUCCCUGAGAGAACGGUUCCAGAGUUCAUCCAGUCCCUCGCAGUCACAGGAGAUCCACAAGCGAGUGCAGAGAAUCCUUAACAGACACGGACCCCGCUGCAAGCUUUCUUUUGAUAAAGAGAGUGAGGAGGAGGAGAAGGGAGUCACACAGAGUUCAUGUGUUUCCGCCCACUGUGGUUCAGUGAUUGACAGCCGGCUGCAACAGGACAGUAGAAGUAUUUCUGGAGAACCAUCUGCUCAUGUAGAAAGUGGAACAUUCUGGACCAACAGAGCGACAGCAAACACAGAGACGUCCCACAGAGCAGUCUUUGAGGACAGUCUGAGCAAAAUUUACAAGGAGCUCUACAAAAACGCAUCACUAAACACCUGGACACAGUGACCACACACAACUCCAGAUAUAUAUGGCUGGUAAACUGCAGGUUUUUUCAGUUGUUUUGCCACAAAUUUCUGAACCCUGAUGUCACUUUUUAAAACUCUGAACAGUCACUACUUUUAACAGGUUUCCUAGUGUUUAAAACAUUGCAUGUUGCGUUCAUUUCUUUAGAGAAGUCUUGCAUUUGCAGGAUUAUAGGUUCACAUAAUCCUUUUAUCAUACAAAUAGUACAGAAACACAACUUUAGAUCACCCAAAAACAAGAUACGCAGUUUUUAAUCAUUCAAUAUCCAAUGAUAAUCAUUUAAUAUUGCUGUUUAAAUAUGAUACAGCUUUCUUUAUUGUUUAUAUAUGUGUAGAGGGAACAGUACAGUGGAAACAUUUAACUAAAGUCUUAUUUAUUCAAUCAUAAUGUAGGUUUGCUGUAAAAAAAAAAAAAAACAAUAGUAAAGUUAAUAAAAGUGUCUCACUGCACGUCCCCGAAUCGAAAACCUGACCUAUUGCAACAUAUGCAAAUUACAUUUGGAUUUUACAUACUGUGUUUACUGUAAAAUGUCAGUUUACAUUUUUUUCAAACAUAUAUAUGUGUGUGUUCAUACAUGGAAUAUAUUUACACAUAUAUAUGUAUUAUAUUGACACAACAUAUAUGUACUAUUCUUGUAGUAUUGUAGAAAAAAAAAAAGCAAUUUAUGCAAUAUUUUGACAUGUGUGACAUAUUUUAUGUUUGAAAUCAUUAUGAAUUAUAAUGUCAUAUGUAGUUUGCAUAUAUUUCUAUACAUCAGAUUUCUGUUUGGGAUCUGUGUUUCCAUCAGUCUGGUGUUGUGGAUUUGGCCACAGGUUCUCCCCUCAUCACCGUUGGGCUUUCAUUAGUCAGCAGUCUUAAAAAGAACCUACUGUCAAUGCAAUUCCAGACCUCAUAUUGGUGCAGUGAUUGUGCUUUCUUGCAUACAGUAAUAUCAAAUAUUAAAUUAUUGUCUGUAAAGGUGGUACAUGGAACAUAGAAACCAUAUAUAUGGAACAAGGAUACAAUCUAUACAUAAUGUAGUCCAGGUGGGUCACUUCUGUGGUAACUGAUGUCAUUUGAUCCAUCCUGAAACUUUCAUCAUCUAAACAUGUAAUAUUGUACAUAAGUGUCCAUGCAACAGCUACUUAUGUUGAGCACUUGUUUCAGUUGAUAAUUACAUUGUUAAUUAAAUGAACCCACAGUAAUUUUAAAUGUAACGUUUGAGUUGCAUUUUGAAAUGGGAUCAAAUUAAAUGUUUAAUUUUAAUACAUUAAAAAGGGGAUUUUAGUUCAUUUGAAAAGUA